AUAUCCAAAUCUAUCUUCUUUCCUUCUCUUCACCUAAUUUGGGCUCUUUUUGAAGCUCCCAAUCCACAAAUUCUAAGUAACUUCCAAAAUUUCACAUUUAAGGACCUGAGAUGUGAAAUCUAAUCUAAUGGAAGAAAAUCUUCCACAAUCUAAGAUAAACCACAAAUCCUCACCCAAUUGGCAUCAUCAACAUUCCCAAACAAUAAAGACAAGAUGCAAUCAACUGUCAUCCGGUUAUAAGCCUUCCUCUGCUCCUCCUUCCACACCCAUUUCACUUCUGCCGGAAAAAGCUUCGACAAUGGCGGCAGAGAUGGCCCUCGUAAAACCCAUUUCCAAAUUUAACACCACCACCACACCAAAGCUGAGCAACCCAAGACCCACUAGGUUCACCACCGUCAGAAUGACAGCUACCGCGCCGCAGAAGGCUGGGAAGCCGAGCAAGAAAGCUGCCAAAACCGCAAUCAAGGAGACCCUUCUGACGCCGAGGUUUUACACCACAGAUUUCGAUGAAAUGGAGACCCUUUUCAACACUGAGAUCAACAAUAACCUCAAUCAGUCGGAGUUCGAGGCUCUGUUGCAGGAAUUCAAGACGGAUUACAAUCAGACCCACUUCGUGAGGAACAAGGAGUUCAAGGAAGCCGCCGACAAGAUGCAGGGGCCGUUGAGGCAGAUUUUUGUUGAAUUCUUGGAGAGGUCUUGCACUGCUGAAUUCUCUGGCUUUCUUCUCUACAAAGAGCUUGGAAGGAGGCUCAAGCUCCAGCUGAAGAAGAAGAAGAACCCAAGUUUCUUAUUCCCAUUCCCAAACCAUAACACAACGCGUCUCCUUUCCCCCACGGAUGAUCCGGAAAUGAAUCAAUAAACAACCACUCAACCCAGAAAUGCUAUCAAAAUCAUAAAUUUCCUGAGAUUAUAGAAGAAACAAUGGAGAUGGGACACCCGGUUAGAAAGUUUUGGGUCCAUAAAUUCCCACAUCGGAAGUUAGUAUGCUGUUCGAGUACUUUAUAUAGAUAAGUUGUCCUUUUUCAUCUGCUCAUUAAUAUAAGAAUAAUAAGACA